GAUGGACAGUAGUCAUGGAAACGCUCUCGUUCGGCUUCCAUUUUGUUCCCGACUCUCUUCCCUUCCUUCAGACGACUGACGCCGCGACUGACGCCGCUCGACUGCGACCGAGACACCGACCGCCGAUCCGCGCGCCGUGCCGACGCUGACCCAAGCCGCGGGACGAGUUUAGCGCGCGAGUGUCGUGCGCGGUUUUGCAGCGCGCGCCAUUUUGUCCAGGCGGCGGCGGGGGCGCGCGCGCAAGAUGAGUGACUGACGGACGCACGCGGGACUGCUGCGCUGCGGAGCGCGCGACGCUCACCGAGAGAGACGCGACGAUCUGUUCUGUUCUCCGCGACGCUUCUCCGCAUCGGACCUGCUCUGGAGAGGGAUUCUCGAGGAAGCGGCUGGCUGGGAAUGAUCGCGGAUCCUCCGGAGGAUUCUCGUUCUUCUCGUCAGAAAGAGGCGCGCCACACGAUCUUCUCCAAUGGUUAAAGAUCAAGUCAAUCAUCUCAGAAAACGGCAAGACCCUGCUGAGACAUCAGGGCUGUUCUCACCUGAAACCACUCGCGUGUCGCUUCAGUGGGCUGUGGUUUGCAGAUGGACUCCUCUGUCACAAUGAUAUGAGAUCUGUCAGAAGACGAUGCAUACAGGAGGAGAGACCUCAGCAUGCAAACCCUUCUCUGUUCGGCUGGCCCCCUCGUUUUCUUUCCAUUCGGCUGGUGUGCAGAUGGAUGCGCCGUUCAGUGAUGGUCACCCGCCGAGCGAUGCUGACCAAUCAGCCGCUGCGCUGCAGGCCCCGCAGGUAACUGCUGAUCUGGUGAUGGUUCAGCGGCGGAUGCCUCAGUGUUUCCGGGAUCCAGCGACUGCUCCCUUAAGAAAACUCUCCAUCGAACUGAUCAAAACAUACAAACACAUCAAUGAGGUAUACUAUGCAAAGAAGAAGCGUCGUCACCAACAGGGUCAGGGCGAGGACUCCAGCAACAAGAAGGAGAGGAAGAUUUACAACGACGGCUACGAUGACGACAACUUUGACUACAUCGUUAAAAACGGAGAGAAGUGGAUGGACAGAUACGAGAUUGAUUCUCUAAUAGGCAAAGGCUCGUUCGGUCAGGUGGUGAAGGCCUAUGACCGCGUGGAGCAGGAGUGGGUCGCCAUCAAGAUCAUCAAGAAUAAAAAGGCCUUUCUGAAUCAGGCUCAGAUUGAAGUCCGACUGCUGGAGCUCAUGAACAAACACGACACCGAGAUGAAGUAUUACAUCGUUCAUCUGAAACGCCAUUUCAUGUUCAGGAACCACUUGUGUCUGGUCUUCGAGAUGUUGUCCUAUAACCUGUACGACCUGCUGAGGAACACUAAUUUCCGCGGCGUGUCUCUGAACCUGACGCGUAAGUUUGCUCAGCAGCUGUGCACCGCGCUGCUCUUCCUGGCCACACCUGAGCUGAGCAUCAUCCACUGUGACCUCAAGCCCGAGAACAUCCUGCUGUGCAACCCCAAGAGAUCCGCCAUCAAGAUCGUGGACUUCGGGAGCUCGUGUCAGCUGGGACAGCGGAUAUACCAGUACAUCCAGAGCCGGUUCUACCGCUCGCCCGAGGUGCUGCUGGGAAUGCCCUACGAUCUGGCCAUCGACAUGUGGUCUCUGGGCUGUAUCCUGGUGGAGAUGCACACCGGAGAACCUCUGUUCAGCGGCGCUAACGAGGUGGACCAGAUGAACAAAAUCGUGGAGGUGUUGGGCGUCCCUCCCAGUCAUAUCCUGGAGCAGGCGUCUAAAGCCAGGAAGUUCUUUGAGAAGAUGUCUGACAGCACGUGGUGUGUGAAGAAGACCAAAGAUGGCAAAAGGUAUAAACCCGCCGGCUCCCGGAAGCUGCACAGUAUUCUGGGUGUGGAGGCUGGUGGCCCCGGCGGGCGGAGAGCUGGAGAGUCGGGUCACGCCGUCGCAGACUACCUGAAGUUCAAAGACCUGGUCCUGCGGAUGCUGGACUACGACCCCAAGACCCGCAUCCAGCCGUAUUACGCUCUGCAGCACAGCUUCUUCAAGAAGACGGCAGACGAAGGCACCAACACCAGCAGCAGUGUGUCCACGAGUCCAGCGCUGGAGCAGUCGCAGUCGUCUGGAACCACGUCCAGCACCUCGUCCAGCUCAGGAGGAUCGUCUGGAACGAGCACCAGCGGCCGAGCACGCUCCGACCCGACCCAUCAACACCGGCACAGCGGAGGACACUUCAGUGCAGCGGCGAGACAGGGCUUCGCUCCGGCGCUGGGGUGGGUGGGAGGAGACGGACUCCAGCAGGCGUCCGGAGAGACUCACCCCGUCCAGGAGACCACCUUCAACGUGCCCCCCCACCAGCCCAAGGCUCUGCACCCCCACACGUCCCAUCAUCACCACCAUCAUCAUCACCACCACCCUCCAGCGCAGCACGGUCAGGGCCCCGCCCGGCCCCGGCCCCGCCUCUACUCGCCCUCCCACAGCGCCUCCACACAGGACUCUAUGGAGGUGACCCCCGGACACCUGUCCAUGACCUCGCUGUCUUCCUCUGCCUCAUCCUCGUCCACAUCCUCGUCCUCCACCGGGAACCAUCACUACGCCUACCAGAGCCGCCUGGGCUUCGGCCACAACAGCAGCAUGACUUUAGGACUGGGUGCCUUCUCUAACCCUCGGCAGGAGACGGGCGUGCCGGGUCACCCCUCGAACUCUGGGCCGGGCCGCUACAUGUCCGAGGCUGGCAUGGGUCUGGAGCGCGAGGAGUCCCCCAUGGUGUGUGUACAGCAGGGCUCGGUGGCCAGCUCCUGACCCGAUUAACACUGGCUUGACCCCAGCCUGUCCUCCUCCGACCCUUGCUUCUGUUCUCUGAUUCUCAGAUGGGUCGCAUGAUUCAAGCGGAGCUUUCCCAGAGUGCGACGAGACCGCCGCGGGCAGCGCUUCUUUAAUAUGGCCUUAUCGUUACGGACUGAGCGAAGACGAGCCGGACGUUUCCCAAGCUUUCAUGUAUUUUUGACGUUUGAACACCCUUCAUUCACGACACGGUGAUCCGAGGCCUUUCUUCACUAGAGAUCCAGCGUGGGGCGUCACAGGCCCAGUCCCUUCCCGCUCUUCUGUUGUGCUCAGCAUGUGUGUUUUACUUCAGCCCUUUCGCUUCUUUGAUUUGGCUUCGCGAUUAUGCUGUGAAUUUUACACCACUUUUGUUUCUCCCUUUUGAUAAUUUAUUGUACCAAAGGCGUUUUUUUUAUAGAACAUAGAUGUCUGUAACCAAUAAUGUAGCAGUUCUGCACUUUGAAGCAAAGGUGUGUGUCAUGUCAGUGAACGCCUGUCAGAACUGGAAGUGAUGUUUGAAUCCUGGACGCCAUUGCUUGCGGAGUUCUGUCGCUCUGUCUUUCUUUCUCUCUUCAUUUGCUCUCAUCAGACGGCUGUGUGGGUGGUGUUCUGUUGAUGAGGCGGGACGGUGGACGCGGACUCGAGCUGCUCGGCUGGUCCCAGAGCAGCUGGACAGUCGGAGAUCCUCUCGGCCGGACGCCGCUGUCUCUCGCUACUAAAGCAAUCCGCGUCUCUCUCCGUCCGUCCGUGUGUGCGCUGGUGACGGUUGCGAGCGGACACAUGGUUCUCUAGAGUUCCUGUGGAGGGAGUCCAUGAAACAGGCUUCAGGUGUUUACUUUGUGACCCCAUUUUAAUAGCUGAAAUAGAAUUUAUGUACAUAUUUAUAUUUUUUUAAUAAAGGAAGUUUAGAACUCA